CAAAAGAGUUGCGUUAUGGCAAAAUAAUGUUAAUGACUGACCAAGAUUAUGACGGUAGUCAUAUAAAAGGAUUAAUAAUAAAUUUUAUCAGUUAUUUUUAUCCAUCACUUUUGAAAAUAAAUGGUUUUCUUCACCAAUUUAUCACACCAAUUAUCAAAUGUAAAAAAGAUAAAAAUAACUUGUCUUUUUAUACAAUUCCUGAAUAUGAAGGAUGGAAAAAAAAUAAUAAUAAUGGUAUAGGGUGGGAAUUUAUAUAUUAUAAGAUGAAUGUUUCAUUGCUGUCUGGUUAUAUUUCUGAUCUUACUGCUUAUCACCAUGGUAUAACUUGUCUUGAUCAUACAAUAAUCAGACUUGCUCAAGAUUUUAUGGGCUUAAAUAACAUCAAUUUACUUGAACCCAUAG